ACUCUCUGCAUUGCUGUACUUUCCAUGAUGUCAUUGUCUGUAACUGACGUCCCCGCACAAUUAAGGAUGUGGGGUUGUUGUUUUUAAAACUUUAGUUCCAAGUCUUCUAAUUGUCGCUUCCCAAGUAUGAUCUGGAAAUGUACCGGUUGUGUUUUCGCUCUGGCGUCAGGAAUCCUCGCUCUCACUGUCUACCAAGACCCUUCUGUCAGUGCUACGGUGGGAGAAGAUGUCCUUCUGCCUUGUUAUUAUACACCCGCAGCACCCGGACCGCCCAAUGUUGGCCAGUAUAAGUGGUGGUUCAGUGUCUCUGGUGUGGUACACGAAGUCACAAAUACAACUCCUUGGUUAAUCGGUAGGGUUGAUCGGGUUACCCAUAAGGAGUUCAUGAAUGAUAGAAAUGCAUCCAUCCGUAUUCACAGAGUAAACACUUCUGAUUCAGGAAUGUAUUACUGUCAUGUAGAACUUUUCAGUAAUGGAAGUCAGAAUGGAACUGGGACUUAUCUCCAUGUACUUAUGCCACAGGAUUUGAAAGAUCUUCCAAAACCUGGAACACGUUUCCACAAGUGGCACAUUAUCCUUAUUGUGCUGGCAUGCUUAUUUCUUAUUUUAGGAAUUAUAGCAAUCAUUUUGCUACUUCAUCAUAGGACUACACCGAGAGAGAGAAUGGCUUUAAAAACAAGGACAUCGGCAGCAGCAGCAGCAGCAGCAGAAGCAGAGGAAAGACGUCAUGAGGAUUUAGAAUAUGCCUUGCUGUAUUUCAAUAAAGGAAAGAGAAAACCAAAAACUGAAGAAACAUCAGUUGUGUAUGCUUCUGUUCUAACAAAACGCUAACAUAUUAGCUCUUCCACAUCUGCUUAUAACAUUUCUGGAGAUAAACUACCACUGGGAGAAAAUAGACUGAAAUGCAUUACAGUUGUAAUCAGGAGAUAUUUACUAUCACAUACAUAAACAUAGAGCCUUUGUUGUAAUAUGGAACAUCUCUGGCAUCUUCUUAUAAUAUUCUGCAUUUUUAUGAAUUUUGUUUGCUCCAUGCCUUUUGUGAGAAAAUGCUACACUAAAACAACACAAAAGCACUACUGCUAAUAAACUGAAGUGAGAGUUUUAAUACUUUCCAAAACUGAAUUCUGCCGUUUCCCUUCAGUUUUCUGUGUUUUGUUAUGUAAAAGAAUAGUUCCUGACCACAUGAUUGAUUUCUUCAGAACUGAUUGAACAGUCAUUUUAUUCAGUGAGGAUAAGAUGCAGAGAGGCUCCUAGUCAGAUCGAAAAUAAGAAAA